AUGAUUGAUGAAAUUGAAGAAAUUAGCACUACUAACCUUGGUGAUGCAAAUUCUUCAAGUGAACUCAUGGUUCUGCAAUUUAUGGUCUGUAAUUCAUCUAUAUUUAACUUGUAUUAUUGUAGUGCUUUCAUUUUUGUGGAUGAAAUUGAAGAAAUUAGCGCUACUAACCUUGGUGAUGCAAAUUUUUCAAGUGAACUCAAGGUUGCAUUGCAAGAUAAUAAUGAUAAGGCUGGAACAUCUUUAACUGAGCAUAUGGAACCCUUACAAACUGUGACUUUUACAACCACUUCUAACCUUUGUGAUAAUGCAAAUUCUUCAAGUCAACUCAUAGUUGCAUUGCAAGAUAAUAAUGAUAAGGCUGGAACAUCUUUAACUGAGCAUAUGGAACCCUUACAAACUGUGACUUUUACAACCACUUCUAACCUUUGUGAUAAUGCAAAUUCUUCAAGUCAACUCAUAGUUGCAGUGCAAGAUAAUAAUGAUAAGGCUGGAACAUCUUUAACUGAGCAUAUGGAACCCUUACAAACUGUGAUUUUAACACCCACUUCUUUAAGUGAACAUUUAUAUGGUACACCUACUCAUAACCUUAAUCGUAAACAGUUCAUCCCUCAUUGUGAGAAAAAUCUGAUACCAGUACUGCAUAUGACUUUUGAUUCAUUAGAAGAAGGGGUGAAAUUCUAUGAAACAUAUGCUAAGGCUUGUGGUUUUGACAUUAGAUCAGGGACUAAGAAAGUCUAUAAAGGUGUUGUUACAUCUAAAUACUAUUUGUGUAAUAAACAAGGGAUGAGGAAAGAGAAAUUAGGUGCAUUAAGAAGAAGGCUUGUAACUCGUGAAGAUUGUUAUGCUAAAAUUGUUUUUCAAAGGACUAAAGAGGGUAAAUAUUGGGUUUUUAAGUUUAUUGAAGCCCAUAGCCACAUUCUUGCCUCACCUAUUUCUAGGCAACAUUUAAAAGGGUCAUCUAGUUUAAAUAGUGGACAAAAAAGAUACAUUAUGAACAAUUUGAACUUGAAUAAAGGUCCAACAAGUUCAUAUAGGAUGUGGAAAGAACAAGUAGGAAGUUAUUUGAAAGUAGGUGCUUCACUUGAUAACUUUAAAAACUUUUAUAGGGAUUUAAAGUGUUUUAUUAAUGAAUCUGAUGGGCAAAUGUUUGUGGAAAUGUUUGUUAAGAAGAAAGAAAUUUCACCUAGUUUUUUUUUUGAUUUUGAGGUUGAUGAUACUAAAUCUCUAUCGAAGGCAAUUUGGGCUGAUGGUAUUAGUAGGAGAAACUAUUCAUUGUUUGGUGAUUCGAUAUCUGUGGAUGCUACUUAUGGUACUAACAAGUAUAAUCAAAUUUUUGUUCCUUUCACGGGUGUUGACCAUCACAAAAAAUGUGUUACUUUUGCUGUCGGUCUUAUUAGUAGGGAAGAUGUAUCUUCUUAUACUUGGUUAUUUGAAUCUUUUUUGAGGGCAAUGAAUGGUAAACAACCAGAUUCCAUUAUAACAGACCAAGAUCCAGCCAUAAAAAUUGCUCUACCCAAUGUUUUUGACAAGUCUGUUCAUAAAUUCUGUUGUUGGCAUAUAAUGAAGAAACUAACUGAUAAAGUUUCUAUUGAGUUACGUAAUGAUGAUGAGUUUUUAAGAAGAAUUAAUAGACUUGUAUAUAAUAGGGAUAAUGAGCCCCAUGAAUUUGAAGAUCAGUGGUCAAAAAUGAUGUCGGAUUAUGAGCAUGCUAAUUUAAGAAAUAAUGACUGGUUGAAUAGUAUGUAUGAUAUUAGAGAAAUGUGGGUGCCCGCAUAUUUUAGAGAUCUUUAUAUGGGUGGUUUGUUUAGAACAACAUCUAGGUCAGAAAGUGAGAACAAUUUUUUCAAUUACUUUGUGAACAAAUUUCUUACAUUAGUUGAACUCCAAAUGAGGUUUCAAAGUGCAAUGGAUGUUCAACGUUAUAUGAUGCAAACACUAGAUAGUAAAUGCAAGUUAUAUUCUGCACCUUUGAAGACUCGUAUCCCUCUUGAAAAACAUGCUUCUAGUGUCUACACAGAUGUUGUUUUUAAGGAUUUUCAAGAACAAAUUCUUAGCGCACGCGAUGAGUGUGGUUUUGAAAAGAAUUUCGUUAGAGAUGGCAAGGAUGUGUAUCGUGUGGUACAUUUCAACACUGGGACAAUUUUUGAAGUUGUGUAUGAUGCACAAACAUUGUAUGUUGAUUGCUGUUGUAAGUUAUUCAAAAGAGUAGGAGUUUUAUGUAAGCAUGUAUUAUGGGUUUUGCAUGCAAAAGGCGUUAAAUAUAUACCAGAACCUUACAUAUUGAAAAGGUGGUCAAAAGAUGCUAGUAAAACACCUGUCUAUGAUAUUGAUGGCACAUUAUUGGAUGGUAAUAAUGCUAUAGAAUCUAGAAAAGGGGUUUUAGGAGAUGUUUGGAAUGAGGUACAUCGAUGCAUUAGUUUGGCAGAAGAUGAUGAGGAUGAUUUGGUUGAACUUUUGCACAAAAUGAAGUUGUAUUCAGCUGAACUUUUAGCAAAAAAGAAUUGUGGGCUUGAGAAGACAAAACGUCAAGAGUUAGAAAAGUUUUUGGGUUGUGAAGCUCCUAAAACAAUUACAAUUCAAAACCCUAAACAAUCCUCAAACAAAGGCAAGAGGAAAGAAAAAGAUCCAAAACAAAAGGAUACUGAAGAUGAAGAAGAGCAAAGGAUGACCAAGCAAAGACAAUGUAAAAGUUGUGGCAAAGUUGCAGGUGACUUGUUUUAUGAAAUACAGUGGUAA